AUGUUUGAAGAGAUUCCUUUUAUGAUUCAACAUGGUGAGCGGCGGGAUACUGAUCAUCUUCCGCUCGUUUUGAUUCACGAUGGUGGAGGUACUUGCUUCAGCUAUUAUCUGCUCGGCCUCCUCGACCGUCCUGUCUUUGGAAUCAACAAUCCUCGACUUCGAUCCAUGAGACCUUGGCGCGGCGGCCUGCCCGAGAUGGCCGCUGUGUACUGUGAGCUUUUGCUCGAUAUUGAAGCGCCGAAUGGCUUCAUUCUGGGCGGCUGGUCAUUUGGGGGCUUGGUGGCUCUGGAGAUGGCUGCCAUGCUUGCCCGGCAUCGUCAUGUCAAGGUCGCCGGCAUUGUCAUGAUCGAUACGCCAUAUCCCCUAUCUUCAGGCGACUUCAAAUUGUCCCCCUUUAUCGUCUCCUUAAAGGAAAACUGCCGCCCAGAAGUCAGGAUGGCAGUACAAAAGUCUUUCUUUCACACAAGGAAAAUGGCCGAGAAUUGGUCUCCUCCUCUUUUUCUCGACAGCGCUGGCGACAUCCACACAUCAAAAGAGCCAAAUCAGAACGCCACUGCUGUUCAGGACAGACUCCGGUCUCCCGCUUCGUCGGCCAUACUGAAAUCGGGCAUGCCUGUGGCGUUGAGAGAUGGCAACUUGCUCCCCCCAAGUGUCCUGAUCAGGGCCACGAGCAAAGUGCCGAUGAAGAGCGUUGAAGAACGAGCGGUGGUCGAUGGCUACCGCGAUGAGCAAGACCUCGGCUGGCAGCGGUACCUCCAAGGAUUCCCACUUAGUGUUGUCGAUAUUCCUGGUUGCCACUUCUCCAUCUUCAACGGCGAAAAUUUGCUAGGGACCACGGAAGCCAUACGCGCUGCCUGUUCUGCCAUUGAAAAUGCGCAAAGACUGAAGCACGAAAAAGUUUAUAGUUGA